AUGGAAAACAUGUCAGAGGAAACCCACGGCGAAAUGACGGAUCCACAGCACGUCCACCUAAGGUAAGGAGAAAAAAACGGUUCAAGGGGUCCCUGUGUGAAGGUGUUUCUAUAAAACCGCGCCUCAACCUUUUUCUUUCUGCUCCUUUUCAUUCACAUGAAAAUUUUUCCUUGUUUGUAUUGAAUGUGUCAUAUACUAACAGACUGAAAUAAAGUAUGUACACAGCGCCCUAACUUUAUUGAAAUGAAGUCAUGUGUUUGGAGGUUAAGGCUCUGUUUGUGUAGAUACCAACAGUUUGGGUCGGGUCAGAACUGCUGACAUUCAUACAGCUCAUUCAGACGACUCAGAGAAUGAGAGUAUUUGGAAUUUUCCAAUAUUUAUCAUGUCUCAGAUUUGUGCACAUCAGUUUGUGAAUGACAGAUAUUGUACAGAAAGACUUAGCUUUCAGACCCUUUACAACAAGAUCUUCAGUGCUUCUCAUCUUUUUCUUUUAGCUUCCCAUCUGAAAGCUCUGUGGAGGAAAUGGCUCAAGACAGACCAGAUCAAGAUGAGACAGAGAAAACGGAGAUUGAUAACAGCAUCAUACAGAGACUUCAAGACAGACCAGAUCAAGAUGAGACAGAGAAAAAGGAGAUUGAUAACCGAAUCAUACAGAGACUUCAAUCUGGCUGGAUAGGCACUCUUCAUGUCGUUUUCCUGGUGCUGCUUUUAGUCCUAAUCACUGUCAUUGUUGGCCUGAGCAUCAAUGUUAAGCAGUUACAGAAAGAAAGGAGUCAGCUGAGACAGCUUCUAGAAUCAACACACAUGGGACUGAACCACACCAUGGAAGUAAAUCAAAAAGUGAGCCAGAGUCUGAACUUCACCGUGGAAGAAAAUCAAAAACUGAGGCUGAGUCUGAACUACACCAUGGAAGAGAAUCUGAACCUGAGCCUGAGUCUGAACAACACCAUGGAAGAAAAUCAGAAAUUGAGCAGAAGACUAAACUACACCAUGGAAGAUAAUCAGAAAUUGAGCCUGAGUCUGAACUACACCAUGGAAGAUAAUCUGAAACUGAGCCGAAGACUCAACCACACCAAGGAAGAAAAUCAAAAACUGAGCCUGAGUCUGAGCUACUCCAUGGAAGAAAAUCAGAGACUGAGCCGAAGACUAAACCACACCAUGGAAGUAAAUCAAAAAGUGAGCCAGAGUCUGAACUUCACCGUGGAAGAAAAUCAAAAACUGAGGCUGAGUCUGAACUACACCAUGGAGGAGAAUCUGAACCUGAGCCAGAGUCUGAACAACACCAUGGAAGAAAAUCAGGAAUUGAGCAGAAGACUAAACUACACCAUGGAAGAUAAUCAGAAAUUGAGCCUGAGUCUGAACUACACCAUGGAAGAUAAUCUGAAACUGAGCCGAAGACUCAACCACACCAAGGAAGAAAAUCAAAAACUGAGCCUGAGUCUGAGCUACUCCAUGGAAGAAAAUCAGAGACUGAGCCGAAGACUAAACCACACCAUGGAAGUAAAUCAAAAAGUGAGCCAGAGUCUGAACUUCACCGUGGAAGAAAAUCAAAAAUUGAGGCUGAGUCUGAACUACACCAUGGAGGAGAAUCUGAACCUGAGCCUGAGUCUGAACAACACCAUGGAAGAAAAUCAGAAAUUGAGCAGAAGACUAAACUACACCAUGGAAGAGAAUCUGAAUCUGAGCCAAAGAUUAAACCACACCAAGGAAGAAAAUCAAAAACUGAGGCUGAGUCUGAACUACACCAUGGAAGAGAAACUGAACCUGAGCCUGAGUCUGAACAGCACCAAGGAAGAAAAUCAAAAACUGAGCCUGAGUCUGAGCUACUCCAUGGAAGAAAAUCAGAGACUGAGCCGAAGACUUAACCACACCAUGGCAGAAAAGUCACAGCUUCAAGUGCAGAUUGAGGAGAUGAAAAUCAUAUUGAAUUCUACUAUGGAAAACCGUGACUCUUUCAGAAAAGACAAAAUCAAAUAUCAACAGCUUUUGAUCAAUGAAAGGCAGACCUCAACUCAACUAAAAGCUGAAAAUCAACGUCAACAAUCAAUUCUGAUGUCGGAGAAACUAUCUUUCCUCUGGAGAUUCUGUGAUAAAGGCACCCUGCAAUGUUCACGCUGCCUUCCUGGUUGGGCUGAGCACGCCACACGCUGCUUCCAUUUGGCAUCACAACCAAUGAAGUGGGAAGAUGCUCGUAGGGAGUGUUUUAAUGAAGGUGCUGACCUGGCUGUUGUCUUGAAUGCUGCAGACCAGGCAUUUCUGACCAACAUGACUUUCCAGUUUACACAGCAGCAUCCAAAUGUACUGUUCCAUUCAGCAUGGAUCGGGUUGCAGGACAUGGUGCAGGAUAACAGAUUUGUGUGGGUAAAUGGUAUCAAGUCCAAGUCAGAUUUGAAGUUCUGGAUGCCUGGAGAGCCAAACAAUGCUGCGGCUCAAUGGGACAAAGACCGUGCAGGACAGGACUGUGUUGUCAUUGUCCCUCCAAAGACUGUUGGACAGAAAGGCUGGCUGAACUCCUGGGAUGAUGUUGUCUGUCGAGGCCAGCGGCACUACAUUUGUGAAACCAAAGCUCUUAUUUUGUCUGGAGUAAAAACUGAGGAAUGA